CUUCGCCUGAACAUGUGUGUCCCAUAUGGCCACCGAGGGGGACAAUGAACGGGUCGCCGUGUCUGGGAAUGGUUGGAGACCUGAACCCGCCUCGUCGAUCCUUGCUGCACAUUUUGCACCGCGUCUUGCCUCCCAAGGGCACGAUGCACAUCUCACAAGAGAAACUUUCUCACAGCUACGACAGGAACUUCUUGGUGAAGUUCACAAUCAAUUACGUGUGGACGAGGACGUCACCGAUGUCAACAAACUCAUAUGCAUUGUCUUAAAGGCUGGGCUCGAUAUCAGCCCAAAGAGCAGCUCUCCGGAGCAAAGCUUAGAAGGACAAGUACUCGACUGCUUGGAUAUUAUUCAAGCAAGUAUUGAGAAAGCCCCCCAAGCUCUGUGGGAACCAUCUGACCCACUCAUCUUGGGUGAGGAUACACAUGCGCCUCUCUUCUCAUGGUUAAUUCUGCGACUGAUUCGACUUGCCAAUAUAUGGACCUCCGAGACCGUGCGAGACAAGAUUCAACUUGUCUGGUCUAGUCUAGCGUAUUGCAGCCAAAGGCAGGCUCGGUCAUUGCCUGCAAGUUAUGCAGUUGCUGCGUUUCUUCGUACUUGCACGUCAGAUAUAUUGUUCUCCCUUGAAACGUUCCAAUUCAAUGCUUCCUUGUCGUCACGCCAUGCAAAGCUGACAAUGCCCGCGGAACAUGGAACGCUCAUUGAAGACAUCGAAAACCUAGGUCACUCACCUGGUUUGUUUACUAACCGCACAGUCCUUGGGGACUUCCACCAAUCAUUUUCACUGGCCUGUCGAUUGCUAGACUCAUUCAGCCCGAAUAAUGAUGUGCCGUCCCGUGCAAAAUAUCACGAGUUGAACCUUUCGUGGACGCUGAACGGAUAUCAUCGCCUACGAAAGGUCAUUCUCGAGUGGCUGCACCUCUUUGGAGCCCAACUAACUCCAAAUGACGAAUCUUUGUCUUUGCGAUACCUGGCUUGCUUGCAGCGUUGCUGCGUCUCGGGACCCCAUGCUUCAAGUCUACUUUCAAACACGAGCCUAACUUCUACAUGGUGUCAAUGUCUACGUGGAUUUUUGGGUCUAGGUGUCCUAGAUCGGUUGCCUUCUGUUCAAGCACUUCUCAGUUGCUUCUUAGAUGAUCUUUCGCAGAUAGCAACCAACUCGAACACACUGGUACAACAGUUGAGGGAAGCCCUUCCAGCUUUGGAAGAUAUCAAAUCGAAUCAUUCCAAUGACCAUUUCUUUGAGUCACAUCUAUGGAAUUCCCUUCAGACAUUACAUGCCAAGUUGGAAUCGUCCUCAACUGAUGCCUCGGCGAAAUCGAAUCCUGCCGUCCAGAGACCGAGUGUUUUAUGCCAAGAGGAGCCAAAUGAAGACGUCCGGGCACCAAAGCGGUUGUGUCUUCCAGGGCUGCCGAUUGAAUCCACGACUCAGGACUUGCUCCAGGUGCUUGUGGGGAAGAUGUCUUCUGUUCUUCACUCUGACUGUGGCAAAUCAAUCUCAGAAUUGCUUGCUGUCGUCCAAAAAUUGCACGAAGGGCUUUCCGACCCCCAGAAAAUCGAAAUGCUGGACAUUCUUGGCAAAAUCGCAUGUGCAGCAACCAGAAAACUUCGGAGGAAGCCUUCUGAUAUCAUAGAACGAGUCACCCUCUUCUGCCAAACAUGCGAUAUUGAAACCGGUCCACAUAAUGAUGAAAGCACAGAAUGUCCCCAUUACGUGGAGAUCUGGACAGUGUUCAAUUUCAUUCUACCCAGGCUAACGCGCACGCCUGGUCCUCGGAUAUCUGCAAUGGUUGCCUUGAGAAGAAUUCUAAUGCAUGCCCCAAACUCCAACCAAAUGCAUCUUUCAACUUCCGCCUCUGGGGAGUUCUGUCUUCAUUCACUUCGAAGUUCAAUAAGGGAAUUGCGUAUUGCGACUGGGCAUACGGUGGUGGCCUUUGUCCGUCCAAGUCUUCCAGCAGACAUUCGUCGAGCCAAUUUUGUCGUUGUACUCGAGUGGGUUCAGAGUCUCUCCGGGAAAGAUGAUAUGCCAGUGCAGGAAGCCUGUAUUAUGACUCUUUGUCGGCUAGCGACUGUCUCGGAGGAUGAAGAAAAGAAUAUCAUUCUUCUGCGGCUAUUGGAGUAUCUCGGACAUCCAAAUCCCUACGUUUGCGCCGUGGCUUACAAUGAGCUAUCCAAACUUGCACAGUACUUCUCUUUGACACCUGCUGGCCUGUUUCGGCCUUACUGGAGAACCCUCUCAGUGACUGUUGUCAAAAACCUUCAAUCUCGCCCACAUAUGGCUGAACAGCUAUGUGACUUGCUUGGCAUGAAGGUGGAUGGCUUCCUUCGGCUGACAGAAGUUCAUGUCUUGCCUUACUUGGUUUUGACUCGGAAACGAGACAUUAUUUGCAGAAUUGGGGCUAGUCGCAAUGAGGGCGAAUCUGCUUUCGAUGUUUGUUCGGAGAAGAACAAUCUGGCUGCAAUCCUUGCUUUUCUCUUGUCGCAGCAAUCAGACAACCCAGAGGCCAUGAUCAUGUCCCUCUUGGCAGAGAUAGAUCCCGCUUUUCAGGGCCGAUCAUUGGCAGAGUUGGUGCGAAUCGAACCGAUUCUCAUCACCUGUGACUUGCUGAAAAGCCUUGGUGAUGCGGGCGAGCAAAAAAAGGAAAGGUUUUAUCAAGCCCUUCAACGCCUGGCCACGUUCGUCCCGCGAAAGAUCUCUCAUGGAAGCACGUCAAAAAGUGCAGAUCUGAGUCACUUCAUUGAAGAGCAUGUUCUCGGCAUUAUUACCCAGUUCGCGAAUGCCAUCAAUGACUUCCAGGUGAGACAAACGUUGGCAGAAAAGAGGAGAAACAUCAAAGCUAUCGAAGAAAUGAUCAACAUCGCCCAGGGUCACGUUAGCAGUGCUUUGCCCCAGGUUUGUGCCUGUCUUCGUUCUGCUCUUGAAAUCGAGGAACUAUGCGACUGCGCAUUCUCUGCGUGGAAGACCUUGGUCAGCUCACUUAGUGAAGAGGAUCUUGAACCGAUAAUUGACCAAACUCUGGCAAUUGUGAUUAGAUACUGGGACAACUUGACCGAAGAGAGCAGAAACCGUGCCUGUCAGCUCAUCGAUCACAUCUUGACAAAUCAUAGGAGUCUUGUGAGAGAUACAUUCAACACAAUGCCUUCGCUUGCGUCUAUUCCAGAAUUGGCCACGUUUGAUGCCAAGAUCAAUGACCUUAGGGCCCAAAUGGAUGUGCGCAGCCAGUUCCUGGCACUUAUACGUCGCUGCCAAAGUGAGAAUGCUACCGUCGUUGAACAAGCAUUGAUGGAGUUGGCGCCUUUUCUGUCAGCAAAUGAGGAGUUCCUCCACGACUCUGUUCUAAGUGAACAACCAGAUCCUGUGAUUGCCCAUUUGACCAGGUCGCUGUUAGACUGUUGUGUGAAAUUCAGCACCACUUCGGACAGCAUUACGUUGCUGUCGGCACGAUGCUUGGGGCUUGUCGGCUGCCUUGAUCCCAACCGAGUAGAGACAAUAAAAGAGAAAAAGGACAUACUCGUUUUGUCCAACUUCGACAGGAUGGAGGAAACAGUUGCCUUUAUUCUUUUCUUCCUCCAGCACGUGCUGGUGGAGGCAUUCCUGUCUGCUUCUAAUACAAGAGCCCAGGGCUUUCUAGCAUGGGCUAUGCAGGGUCUACUCAAAUUCUGCAAGCUAAAUUCGGUGUUUAAUCAGCGCGCCCGCGAUCUUCAAGGCGAUGAAAAGCAUCAACGCUGGAUGGAGCUUCCGGAAAGUGUUCGGAACACUCUCACGCCCUUUCUCACAUCGACAUACACGGUCACUGUUGUAACCAAUCAUGCUGAAGUCAGAUAUCCGCUGUUUUCCUCUAAAUUGACUCACAGCGAAUGGCUUCGAGCUUUCGUGCAAGAUCUUCUGCAAACAGGUAAUGGAGACAACGCAAAGAUGGUCUUCUCCAUAUCUAGUCGUGUCGUGAAAGGUCAAGAUAUUUCCAUAUCUUCGUUCCUUCUGCCCUUUGCGGCCCUGAACCGUAUUGUAGGAGGGACUGAACAGGAGCAGCAGGAUCUUCAACGCGAGUUGAUGAGAGUUCUUUCGCAUCCUGUCCCCGAGACGAACAACAAUGCCCGUGAGACAAUCAUAAGCAGUAGUCAGAGCGUCUUUGAAGUGCUUGAUUACCUAUCCAGGUGGCUACAAGGGAAAAAAAAGCACCUUAACGGCCUGACACAGAAUUCCAACCAUUCGAGUCGUUCCCAUAAGGAUUUGAGCCGUGACGCACUCAUCGACAAAUACUCAUCACAGAUCAAGUCUGUUGAAAUGCUUCUAUCUUCCAUACCUCCCGAGAUUAUCUCUAAGCGUGCUGUUGAAUGUAAAUCAUUCUCCAAAGCACUCUUUCACUGGGAGCAGUACAUUCGGAAGAUCAAGUCGCACAGAGAAGAACAGGAUCGCAGCAGCCUUGAGCCUCUGUACCAACGAUUACAAGACAUCUAUAGCCAAAUCGAUGAACCGGAUGGCAUUGAGGGCAUCUCAAGCCACUUGUCCGCCUUGAACAUUGACCAGCAGGUCCUUGAACAUAGGAAAGCCGGAAGAUGGGCCACAGCGCAGAGUUGGUAUGAACUACAGCUUGAAAAAGAGCCCAAUAAUGUUGACGCUCAAUGGAAUCUUGUGACCUGCCUCAAAGAAUCUGGUCAACAAGAUGCUAUCCUUACCCGCUUCGAGGUUCUCAAAGAAAGCGAAUCAGCGGCUUCGCGAUUCCUUCCAUUCGCAGUUGAAGCAACGUGGAUCAUGGGCAGAUGGGAUAAGCUAGAAGGCUACCUUGAGCUGUGUGCUGAACAAGACACUGAAGAGUUCAAUGUUGGCAUCGGGUCAGCCCUUAAUGCUCUUCGUCAAAAACAAACUGGUUCAUUCACAGACAAGAUCAACGAGCUCAGGCUCAAUGUUGCUCGAUCACUGACCACAAACUCGGUGGCAUCGCUACAAUCAUGCCAUGACGACAUGCUUCGGUUGCAUGCUUUGUCGGAGGUAGAAUCUAUUGCCAAGGUAGAGUCUGGUCGCUCGCAUUCAGGCUUGCUCGAUACACUGGACAGGCGGCUGGAUGUUUUGGGCGGUUACCUGUCUGAUAAACAAUACCUUUUAGGGUUGAGACGUGCCACCAUGGAGCUAGCGGGCCAAUUUGCCGAUUCUGAUAUCUCUGCUGCAUGGCUGACUAGUGCGCGUCUAUCACGCAAGGGCAACUUCAGCAGUCAAGCGUAUCACUCAAUGCUGAACGCUGCACGUUUGAAAGACAGAUCUGCUACCAUUGAACAUGCGCGACUCCUCUGGAAAGAUGGACAUCAUCGAAAGGCCAUUCAGACUCUUGAGGGUGCAAUAUCUGCCAAUGAAGCCAACCCAACCACAUCCUCUUCAGUUGAAGUUGAAGCCAUGUCAUUCCUCUCAAGCCGCGGACAACAUCAAAAUGAAUCCACUGCUCUCGCUCAUCUUAUGCUAGCUAAAUGGACAGACAGAGCCGGUCAGACCCAUUCUCAGGCCAUUGUUCAGAGAUACCGAGAAGCCAUCAAGCUGUAUCCAAAGUGGGAACGGGCACAUUAUUACCUUGGAAAGCAUUACAACAAGAUCCUGGAAUCCGAAAAGGCCAAACCCAUGGGAAAGGAAGCCCAGAUAUAUCUAAGUGGAGAAGCUACAAAGCUUGUCAUUGAUAAUUAUCUCCGCUCAUUGACAUACGGGACCAAAUAUGUCUUUCAAACACUGCCCAAGCUCCUUACUCUCUGGCUUGAACAUGCUUCUAUCGUUGAGCAGCCACUUGAUCCUAAACGGGGCGAUAAUGAAGAUUUCCAGAGACAUACGAAAGCCCAACGACAGAAGAGUCUGGAUGAAAUGCAUGCACAGCUGAAGAAAUACAUCGAGAAACGCUUACAAGCAGCUCUGUUGUUCACAAUCCUGCCCCAAGUCGUUGCCCGGAUCUGCCACCCCAACAGCACAGUCUAUGAUCUGUUGACGCGGAUCGUAGCCAAAGCGGUUCACAAUUUUCCACAGCAGGGUCUCUGGACUGUCCUAGCCGUGGUCAAAUCCUCCAACAAAGAGCGAGCCACUAAGGGCUUCACCUGCCUGCAGAAGAUUAUGGAUUAUGGAAACAAGUCCAAGGGAGAGUCAUCAUCGGCAUCCGAUAUUCGCCGCAUGAUAAACCAAGGCCAAAAGUUUUCCGAAGAACUACUUCAACUCUGUCUUGCUCGAGUUGAGGGGAAAGUGACCAAGGUCCAACUGGGACGAAAUCUAGGAUUCAACCAUAAAGUGGCACCGUGUCGACUGGUUGUUCCUUUCCAGGCGAUGUUGAUUCCAAGCCUUCCUGCCAGCCAUAACCUUGAAUACAUCAAAGGAUUCAGGGCUUUCCCCGGGAUCCAACCACCAUCGAGGCUGUUCUUGAUGAUGCUCAAAUUUUGA